AUUUAUAAUAAACCAAUGGUUGAAUGCGAAUUAGUUUAUGCAACAUUGAUGGCUACUUUUUAUAUAUUAAGUGAUAAUAAGACAGGAGUUGUAGUUGUUCCAAAUGUUAAACCUUCAGAAGAUGAUAUUGUUAACCAAAUAUUUGAAUUACAAACUGGAUUUAGCUUAUUGGAAGAUUUAGGUGUAACAAAUCUCAUUCUUGACUUUCAUAAUAAUGACUCUAGUCCAUCAUUCGAUAACGAUAUGGUGGUUACUGAAUUGUCACGAGCAACAUUUGAAGCAGCAACGUCACAAUCAAAUGAAUAUGUUAUACCAUUCGAUAUUCCACCAAGCACAGACACUAAAGAUUUAGUAAGAUGGGCUGCAACUAUUGUGUUUGAUUAUAUCUACUCAACCUCAUUCCUUGACGUU